AUGGAGGGAGUCGGCGCUGUCGCAAACGUCGUGGUCAACUUGUCUGUAAAAGUCGUCACGCUUUGUUCCCAAUAUGCCGAAGACGCCAGAAGUGCCAGGAGCGACAUCGAAGAGCUGCGCGAUCAGGUGACGGCGCUAAGAAGAGCCGCCAAAUCAGCACGGCGGCUGAUCAAGGACCAGCAUGGCGCCAGCUUGGAGGCCUCGCGGGACAUGGAGGACGCCCUCCGGGAAAGCCUCAAUGUCCUCCGAAAGCUGGUGGAGAGCCUCCAGUAUAGCACUGGUCGCAGGUUUAUGAGGCUGUUUCGCAUCAGGGUGUUGAGGUGGCCGUUGAAGAGGAGGGACGUUAAUCAGAAGAUUAAACGGAUUAGGAGAUGCACGAAACGGAUCAAUUUGGCUCUUCAGGUGUAUCAAACGGCCAUAAUUGGCGUCGACGCCAAGGUUGUCAGAGUUGAUGAGACCAUGGUCUCUAUGGAGCAGCGCAUGCUCAUGCACAUGUUGCCCACCGCACUGGGGGCAUUGUACGACUCCCGGGAAGAAGAAGACGGCGCUACUUGUCUGACGGGUACCCGGGUUGAGUUACUUCGAGACAUAGAUGAUUGGGUCAACAGUCGGAAAGCUCCUACUGUCUUCUGGCUCAACGGGAUGGCCGGCACUGGAAAGUCGACAAUAUCUCGAACCGUUGCGGCCACAGCGGCUAUGCACCGAUAUCUAGGGGCUAGCUUCUUCUUCAAAAGGGGCGAGACCGACCGAGCAAACAUGUCCAGGUUCUACACAACGAUCGCCUAUCAACUUGUUCGCUCCAUGCCUGACCUUGUCCCUCACAUCAGAGCAGCUAUUAGCGGAAAAGACUCCGUCAUAGAAGAGUCCGCAGACAAGCAGUUCGAAAAACUCAUCUUGCAGCCUUUGAUGCGUGUCCGGAACAGGAAUAGGACUACCUUUGCUAUCAUUGUUGAUGGCCUGGAUGAGUGUGAUGGGGAUGACGACAUCCGGCGCCUGAUCAGCCUCCUCUCUAAUUUCAAAGAUGUCAAGAAUUUUCGCGUCAGGGUUCUUAUCACGAGCCGACCAGAACUGCCGUCUCGACUGGGUUUUCACGACAGUCGGGACCAUCACAGGAAUUUCGUGUUUCACGAGAUAUCAGAGACUAACGUCGAGCACGACGUUGAAAUUUUCCUAAGGCUCAGACUCGAUCAGAUCAGGAGGGGCUAUAACCGCUCAGUUUCAAGGGACAGACAAUUACCAAAGGACUGGCCUGCAUCAAGAGACACGGCAACGCUCGUCCGGAUGGCUGGCCCGCUCUUCAUCUUUGCUACCACAGUCUGUCGAUACCUCUCGGAUAGGAGAUGCGGCAAUCCCAGAGAGCAGUUGCGAAAAGUAUUGAAGCACAGGGCGAGAAGUCAAGAGGACAAAAUGGAGGCGACUUAUCUUCCACCACUGGAGCAACAGUUGACGGGCAUGUCCAACAGUGAAAAGGGACAAGUCCUGGAUGACUUCCGGACCGUUGUUGGAACCAUCGUGCUUCUCGAAACGCCACUCCCAGUGUCGGCUUUGGCUGGGCUCCUCGAUGUUCGAGAAGACACGGUUCAUGCGAGGUUAGACAUGCUUCAUUCCGUGCUGAAUGUACCAGAGUCUGCAGACUCUCCCAUUCGGCUUCUCCACCAAUCCUUUCGAGAGUUCCUGACCGACCCCGGAAAGCGAGGAACAAACGAGUUCUGGGUGGAUGAGAAGUAUUGGAACAGCCAUAUCACCUCAUGCUGCCUUCGCAUCAUGAACGAUGCCCUGGAAGAGGACAUUUGCGGGCAAGUCAAUCCAGGAGCUGAUCGCUCAAGCUUACGGCCGGGGCAAGUGGAUUCGUCUAUUCCCCCAGAAUUGAAAUACGCGUGUCGUUUCUGGGCCAGACAUUUACGGAAUGCUGAGAGGAGCUUCUACCGCGACCAGGAGGUUUAUGACUUCCUGUCCCGCCAUUUUCUGCACUGGAUAGAGGUCCUUAGUCUCAUUGAAAGGCCCAACGAGAGCUAUCACAUCUCCAAAAGUCUGCAGGUAUUCCUACAUAACACGCCCUGUUCCGAGCUUGGUCAGCUCUUGAAAGAAGCCCCCAGCUUUAUCCAGAGGAACUUGGACAUCAUCAACUCACACCCACUUCAACUGUACUCUUCACUUCUCAGUAUCACACCGGAGAAUAGCCUUAUGCGGAGACUCUUCUGGGGCGAAGGACCUUCAUGGGUAUCCCUUAUCCCAGCUCCCGACUCUCACUGGGGCCAAGUCCAAUACACCUUGGAGGGCCACAAAGGAACAGUCAACGCCGUUGCUUUCUCCCCAGACUCUUCGCUCCUGGCUUCGGCCUCAUCAGAUCACAAUGUUAGGAUCUGGCGGGUGGAAACAGGCGAAUGCAUCCGAGAGUUCCAGAGGCAUAAACGCCCUGUGAGGGACGUCAAGUUCUCUCCCGACUCGACACUCAUAGCAUCAAAAUGCGACGAGACUAUCCGAAUCUGGAAAUCUGAUACGGGUAUACAAGUCGAGAACUUAGCCAUCGAGGGGAAUCACAGAGAAUGCCCCGUCGAGUUUUCACCAGACUCCAAGCUUGUGGCGUGGAUUGGUGAACGAGGUGAUUUGCGGAUCAUGCAGCUGGAUACCCUCCAGUGCAUAUGGCAGUUCAGACAAGGCGGCUUUACGGACCCGAGAAAACGACUACAAACCACACCCUACUCCUUGCAUUUUUCAUCAGACUCGAAAACUAUCGCGGUGGUGGUGGAGGAAACAGGGUUCUUCUCUUUGUGGAGUGUCGAGAGUGGCUACCGCAUCCGGAAACACGAACAAAUCUGGAACCUCUCCCUCGAGGUCCCUCACAAUAGUCCGCGCCGGGACGUGUCGUACAGCUUUGUAGAGGACACGAGCCAGUCUACAUUCAUGAUGGCAGGCAACGAACACCUCCAUUCCGAGUCCGACGACACCAUCCUUGUUCGCUGGGUAGAGACGGGCGAGGUUGUGCAAAGCAUCACGACCCCUUACAGUGGCAAGAGCCGCGCCACUUCGACACUGUUUUCUCCAGACGGUGCGAUUCUGGGGUCGAUACAUGAAGACAAGACCGUCAAGGUCUGGGAAAUUUCGACGGGGAACUGCCUACAUAUUCUCAGCGGUUUCGCAAGCGAGGUGAAAGCCAUGUCGUUCUCCCCAGACAUGCGUCUGGUCGCUUCGGGGUCUACCGACAAGAUGGUACACAUCUGCUCCAUUAGCUCUGGUAGCAACCUCCCCGUGUCGGAGGAAAGCAUACACCCCAUUCAAGCCAUGGUAGUGUCUCCAGACGGUUCCGUCGUUGCAUCCUUCUCAGCAAACAGAGAGCUGGCGCUGUGGAGGAUAGAUACCGGCGUUUGCAUGCAUCGUCUCGAAUGCCCCCACAGGAUGGAGUAUCUAGAAGGAGCCUCUUCAAAGCCCCCCUUCGCCUUCUUGACUCGCCUGUUGUUUUGCGCGUGGACGCGAUCGACUCUGUACAUAUAUCGCGUAGACACAGGCCAGCGUGUCUCCGAGGUUGACAAACACCAUGGAUCUGAGGUUGCGUUUUCCCCUGACGGAAGCCGUAUCGCCUUUAGACCCAGCGAAGACACCAUUUACACUAUGAUGCCGGACUCGGGGGAGUACGGACAUCAACUCACGGGUGGAAGAAGACUUUCAGAUCCGAGGUUCUCGCCCGACUCUACACGUGUUGCAGCUAUAUCCUAUACCACCAAGAAUUCCCACGUGCAUGUCUGGUCUGUCGAGGACGGCGUUUGUCUUCAUAGACUUCGCACGCGGCUUCCACCAAAUGCCACCAAGGCACAUAUCAGCGGCAUUUCGCCAGACGGGAGAUGGGUUGCUGUGCAGUGGGUGGUUGAUGAAGAACGGGCUUCACGAGGUGUACGCGCAUACAAACGAGUGUAUUUUCUGGAAGUCAUAUCUGUCGCUCCGGGCGAUGUGGGCAUGAGAUUCAACACACCUUCGUCAAAGCCUCCCGGGGACUGCAGCUUUUCAAGUGGUUCUCAACAUGUGGCCUGGGUUUGCGGUUCGAGUAUGAGGGUCUGGGAUACUGCCACUGGAGCACUGACUCAUCACGUCAACCUCGGAUUCUCUCCGUCCCGUAUUGAUUUCGACAUCGGCAGGGACUAUCCUUUCACCAACUUUGGCCGAAUCAACAUCAAUAGCCCUCCCCCAGAAGACGUUAAUGGCGCAGGGAUUUCUCCCGGAAGGUUGGGGUAUGGAGUCAGUGCCGACAUGUCAUGGCUCAUGUGGAACGACAUGGAAUUCUUCUGGUUGCCACCGAGAUUCCGACCCCACGAGGGCUGCGCCAUCGAGAUAUCAGGCUCGACAAUCAUUAUUGGUUCAGAAACAGGAGUGUUACUUUUUUUCAGAUUCACGUUGGAGGAGACGCUUUCCAGGCAUCGCAUAGUUACGAUUGUGGAAUAG